AUGGUUAAACGACAAGUCGACGAGGGUCUUGUUUUAUAUACACAAAAUAAUUAUGAAGAUGCGAUAAAAAAAUGGAAAACAGCUCUUCAUAAAAUGAAAGAUAAUCGUCUAAGAUUUACCACACUCGGUUAUAUUGCAUCGGCAUGUCGUGAUCGUGGACGAAAUCGUGAUUAUUUAGUUUAUAGUGUUCAACAAAUAGAUAUUGCUCAUGAACUUGACGAUAAUGUAUUUCGUUCACAAGCCUAUUUAAAUUUAGCACGUGCCAAUGAAAUUCUUGCUGAUUAUUUCAAAGCUGUUUCGUAUAGUCGUUCAUCUCUUCAACAUGCAUGUUCAAAUGAUCGUAUUCAAGGUUAUGCAUAUUUAACCAUGGCCGAUGCUUAUAUUGGUAUUUGUAAUUUUUCUAAAACAUUAGAAUGUCUUGAUAAAACAUUAUCGAUUGCUCGUGAACACGAUGAUUAUGUUAUGGAAAUACAAUUGUUAAAUACGAUGGGUAAAGUAUUUCUUGCAUUAAAAGAUUUUCCAAAAGGAUUAAAAUAUCAAGAAAAAGCACUACAAUUAGCCAUUUCAAAUGCAAAAUUUUCAAAUGAAGAAACAUCUAAUACGGCAACAAAAUUUGUACGAUUGACAAAAUUAAAAUUAGCUACUCCUUAUCGAUUAUUAGGAGAUUAUGAUUCAGCAACAAAAUGUGUAGAAGAAGCUAUGAGUUCGGCGAGUGCGGUUGGUGAUCGACCUGUUCAAGCCAAAUGUUUAGUUGUUCUUGGUGAUAUUCAACGAUCAAAAGAUAAUGCCGAAUCGACCUCCCAUAGUGAAUAUGUGUACUACACAAUGCUGUUUUCUUCUUUUGUUCAUUCAAAGACGGCAUGUAAAAAAUAUCAAGCAGCACUUCCAAUGUUACAAGACAUGGGUGAUCGUUAUGGUUAUACACUUUCAAUGUUAUGUUUAGCAAAAGCAUUGAUCAAAUUAGAAGGUCAAAAACAUACGGCCGUUGAAGUAUUAUCAACAGCUUUAUCUACUGCCCAAGCAAUUGGCAAUAAAUUGCUGCAAGCUCGUUGUUAUUUAUUAAAUGAAAUAGGCUAUUUAUCAGAAAAUCGUUCAGAUGACGCAAAAAUAGCCUCUGAAACCGCUUAUCGUUUAUUCAAAGAAAUGGAUUUAUAUUGUAUAUGUGAUCAACCCAUUGGUUUUCAUCGAGAGGCACUUCAAAUUCUUCCUUGUACACAUAUAUUUCAUGAAAGAUGCAUAAUUCCACUAUUACAAAAAUGGACCGUUGAGACACAAAAUUGCCCAAGAUGUAAAAAAGGAUUAAUUUAUAAUAGAAGUUAUGUAGCUUUUUGUUGUGAUUGA